UACUUCAACCACAACCACAUCGGCAGCAUCUGGACCUGGUGGUGGUUGGUUGGUUGCUAUACAGCAAACACAUAGUUACUGUGUGUGAAUAGAAGAAUCCAGAUCAAUGGGGAGGGGAAGAGUGACGCUGAAGAGGAUAGAAAACAAGAUCAAUCGGCAGGUCACUUUCUCCAAACGAAGGUCUGGAUUGUUGAAGAAAGCUCACGAGAUCUCGGUAUUAUGUGAUGCAGAUGUGGCAUUAAUCGUCUUCUCUACGAAAGGAAAGCUCUGCGAGUACUCUACAGAUGCUUCAAUGGAAAGGAUCCUUGAGAGGUAUGAACGACACUUGUACGUAGAAAGGCAGCUUAAUGCAGACGAUCCUCAAUCACAAACACUUGAAAUAAUUUCGGAACAUGGAAAGAUGAAGGCUAGAAUUGAGCUCUUGCAGAAAACCCAGAGGCAUUUAAUGGGAGAAGAUCUUGAUUCCUUGAGUCUCAAGGAGCUUCAGAAUUUGGAGCAGCAAAUAGAUAUGGCUCUUCGACGCCUUCGAUUGCGAAAGAACCACUUGAUGCUUCAAUCGAUUUCUAACCUCCAAAAGAAGGACAAGGCAUUGCAAGAUCAAAAUAACGUGCUGUCGCAGGAGAUCAAAGAAAAGGAAAUCGAGCAAUCCCAAUCACCUCCUGUGGAGCAGCAAACUCAUGAGAACAUGUCUUCAUUUCAGUUGGGCACCUUGAACCUUGGUGAGAUUUACGGGGCAGGCGGUGAAGAAGGAGAAAUAAUGGAAGAAACACAGAGAGGUAAAUCGGUGAUGCCUCAUUGGAUGCUUCAAUACAUGAGGCAGUAGAAGAAGAAGAAGAAGGUGGUGAUGGUUUUGGUAAUGUUGUAAAAUGUACAAGGGAUGUAUUCUUUACCACAAGUAAGUUGGAUGUCAAAUUGUCACCUAAAGCAGCAGGAAAUCAUAUGUUAAAUCACAUUGUUUGUUGUUUGUUUGGACUCCAUAUAAUAUAUUAUUAUUAAAGUAGCCUACA